AUGUCUGAGUCAGCUCACAUCCCUCAUGAAUAUCUAUGCCCGAUCACUCAAGAAAUGAUGGAAGACCCUGUAAUUGCUGCUGAUGGAAACACAUAUGAGCGAGCUGCAAUUACUAGCUGACUCAAUCGCAGUAAAACUUCCCCAGUGACUGAAAAAGACUUUAAGCAUAAAAAUCUUUCCGAUAACUACUUCCUCCGCUAUGAAAUUUCUCAAUUUAAUAAAAAAAAUCAACCAGUAUCAAGCCUUAAUCAAGCAGAAGACCCUAACAAGCUACUUUCCAGCUUACAAAAUUUAUAUAUCAAUAAAAAAUCAUACGUCGGUAAGCUGCGAACUUCUAUCAUUUAUCUAGCCAACAUCAAAGAAGACCUAGAAAGCCACUUACUUGGCUGCAAAAUUUCCAAUACUGUCGGAAUCAGUGCAAGUAUGGCAGGUACUGGCCUUAUGUUUACCCCUUUAGCAUUAUUAGGGAUACUCACAAUGAUUGCAGGAAGCCUUACUUCUGUCGGCACAACAGUAACCCAAUACUUCAUUGAGAAAAAGCAGCUCAAAAAAAUGAAAAAAAUCCUAAUAGAUGAAGAAAAAGCUGCAGUCCGAUACGAAGUCUCCAUGCUUAAAGCUAAAAAUUUGGUAGAAGCCAGCAAUUUAGCAAUGCAAAGCUACCAUAUUGGCUCAAGGAUAUGAAAAAUGGUAAAAGAGUACCGAACUUUAUCAGCAUUAAAAGCUUUAAAGUCCACUAAAAGUAUUUUUUCUUUAAAAGGAGGUUGGCCAUCAAUAAUGGCUGCUGGGAAAAAUGCCAAAUUUUUGAAGGCGUCUGCUAUAGGUGCUGGGCUAUCAGCAAUAGAUAUUGUGGCCACGUGGGCUGUAGAAAACUCAACAUUAGAAGAAAUUAAAAAACAGAUUGAAAAUAGAGAGAAAACUAUUGAAAAGGAGGUAAAAGAAGUCCAGGAGAUAGAAAAAGCGUUGGUUCAAGACAGAGAAAAUUAA